AUGUCAUCAUCGGCUCCUCCCAAAGCCAUCAAAGGCUUUGUGACGGGUGUAAUCAAGGAUAAGCUUUUGGAAUCCAAGUUUACAUCUGACAAUGCGGAAACUCCCAUCUUGGCUCUGUUCCAGAUGGAACUGGUCCAACGAGGCGUGUUGAUGUCGCUCAAGGACGUCGACAUGGAGAAAUGGGACCCCGUCAAGACAAUAGAAGCUGUACGAACAUCAAUUGGAAAAUCUCUACUAUCGUCCAACGAUCUCCCAUUGCCACUCUUGGCGGCGUCCGCCGUCAUGGCCGGAAGGACGGCCGAACUGUGUGCCUCUCUGGUUGACAUUGGCAAGCCUCUCGCAUUGCUGGCUGCCAAGGAAGCCAUCCAGUCGGCAUUGAAGCGCUGCAAAGAAGUCCAAGACGAACGCUUUCAAGUCUUACUAGAGAUGAUUGCUCCCAACGAACGGUUGACACAGGAAGACAAGGCGACACAACAAUCCACCCAAUUACUCGACAUUGCCCAAGGCUACUUUUUGAGAGGCGCCUCGGUACAGCCAGAUACACCGCAAAUGUGGAAAAAGGCACAUGAAGUCAUUCUAUUACAGCAGCAGCAGCAGCAGCAGCAUCAAGCCAAUCAACCACAACAAGAAGAUCAUCUUGUCGUCAGCAGCCCAGGAGAAGCAGCGGUUGUCUUGUCCAAUAUGGUGAGGAUUGCAUCAUCGAAAGGAAAUGCCAAGCGAGCCGCCGAAUUGAGUCUCAAGGCGGCGGAAAGCUACUUGCAAUUGGCCAAGGAAGAGAUCAUCAUCAACAACAACAAGACCACUGCGACGACCAUGAAACAGGACAUUGACAAGGCAAUCGCCGCUUUUGUGACGCCCUACAAACCAAAAGUCAACAAACCAUUGAAACAAAUGCAAACCAACUUGGCCACGUGCCAACAGCACGCCAAGUUGCUUUCUCCCGAAGAAACCUUUGGCUUGCAGCUGCUAACAGUCCAGCUGGAAAUGGCCCAAGAAGAUUCGAAAAUCGAACAAGACACCCAGCAUCAAUAUCAACAAGCUCAAAAUAGAGCCACCGAAAGCAGCAGCAGCAAGCCGGCACCCAAAGGAGGAGGUAACAAACCCUCGAAACAACCCAAAGCAAACACCAGUAGUAGCAAGCCACCGCCCUCUUUGGAAUCCAUUCGAGAAAAGACACGUCAGCAAGUAUUGAUGGAAGGGGAGGGAAGUGAUUCCAAUGGUGUUCUUCGCGAUACCUUUCUCGCUGCAACGCGACAACAACAGCAAUUGGCCGCACAAGUCGUGCGCGAAGUCCUCGUACGAAACCAAUUCCGUGCCAAGGCUCUGGCGUUACAGAAGAAAACGCCCACAUUGCAAGGCUGGACGGACCUGUCAGCGUAUGUGAUUCCAUUUCUAAAAACGUGGAUUCACUCCGAUGAGGCUGAUGAAAUCAAAAAGUGGAUCAGUGGCAUGUCACAAGAGGAGGUGUCUCUGGUAGAGACCUUGAUGACAAUGGUGCCGUGUUUGCAAUGGAUGACGUGUAGUAGUGCCUUCAAAGAUGACGAUGAAGAAGCAAUUCCCCACGACUCUUUGCCUAUGGUCAAGUUGGUCUUGGACGUGCUCGUUGACAGAGCCGUCAAGGCCAAGAAGGAUUACGAGGCCGCCUCCAAUGUUCUCAAAACUUCCACGGAACCACUCGACGUCAAAAUUCGACAAGUCGAAAGCGCCAGAGGGGCUGUCCAGGCUCUAAUGGUCUUGUCGUCCUCGUCACGAAGGGGGGCCACAAUGACAACAUCGGAAUGGAAGGCGCAGUCGGAAGAAGCCACACGCAUGGCACAACGCGUCGAAAAGUACAAGGCUUUUUCGACAGAGUAUGGAGCGGCAUUUUGGAAUUUGGUACUGGCGUGGAAUGGAUUACUACAAUCAUCGUCUCCGUGGUCGUUCUGCACCGCCCCCGAAGCACGGUUGAUUUGGAAAGCUGCGCAUUUGUCUUUCACAAACGCCAAGAGUGAGUGGGGAAGACCAAUCUCCAAGCUGGAGCAAUGUAUACUCGAUAUGGCCAAGGCCGAUGCCGAAAGUGGAGUGCUUUCGGGUGGAUUCGCCAGUGAAGCUACGAAAGUUUACAGAGGCAUGUUGGAACAAGCCGAGGAAUCUUCGACAACAACAACUUCAACAACGGAGCUCUCCGAGUCUUUUCGAACCAUUGUCCGUGCCCAUUGUUCGAUCGGCCUCGCAAGAAUCGCGCUGUACAACGAGGCAGAAGAUAGCAUGGUGGAAUCGCCAACUGAAAUGGCCCAAAAAAGUCUCCAACAAUUAACUUCGGUUGACCUUGAGAAGGGAUCCUCGUCGGUCUCCUUGUUGACGGGAUCAGCAGCAGUGUCCGCAAUGCUCAAAUCCCAUUUGACAACAUCUCGUCAGCUGGUAGCUGACUCACUCGUCCGAAGUGGCCGGAUCCAAGAAGCCAAGAGCUUUUUGCAAGAUGCCGUUCGUGACGCACCCAAGGAUGCAGAUGCUGCUUUCUCGCUUGGGGCAUUUCUUCUCCGGGAAGCCUUGACAGCAGAUGAGAGAAACGCCACGGAGAUGAAUACUGCCAAGGUGCAGCUACUUCAAGCAGCCAAACUGGACUCUCGAAAGGCUGGGCCAUUUGCCCUGCUGGGUGUUUGGUACGAGAGCCAAAAGGAUCUAAAGCGUGCAUUAGGUUGCUACUCGAAAGCGCUGCUGAUGGAUCCUCCCAAUCCAGUGGCAGGCCGCGGCAUAUUGCGGCUCACGGCAUGGAAGUCGGCCAACGCGGUGGUCGACGCUGCCAUUAAAACAACUUCUCCAGUAAAUGGUUGGGCCUGGAGAGCAUUGGGCACACACAAAGUUAUGGUCAGCGGAGAAAACGACCUCGGAGCUGUGGCCUUGCUGAAGGCAUUGAGAUGUCGCGACAUUGACCAGCCACAAAUUGAAGCCAUGUCGCCAUUCUUUCGCGUCUCGGCGUCAAUUGGGGGUGACAGUGACCAUUAUUUAGGAAAGGAAAAAGCGGAAACUUGGUCGGAGCUAGCAUUCUGCUACAGAAGGAUUGGGCGCUAUACUGCCGCGAUACGCGGCUACUAUUCUUCCAUCGAAGCAGCUCGGGAGCAUGUGUCUGGGUCUGUGCUUUGUGCUUGCGCUGAAGCGGAGCUAAGUCUUGGUCUCGCUGAGGAAGCCGCCGAGAAGUUCCAAAGAGCUUUGGAAAUCGGCGACCCAUCGACAAGGUCAAUUGCCGCGUACGGACAAGGAUCCGCUUUGCUGUCACUUGCUCAACGAGAGGUCCACAAUGGGAAAGCUGGAGCAGCUUAUGGUUCCAUUCGCAGGGCUAUUGAAGGCUUUGAAAGCACUUCAAACAACUUUGGUUGCGCCCAAAAACUGCUUGGCGACCUAUACUCUUUCGGUGCAACCUUGCCUCCUGAUGUUUUUGGAGAUGCCUCGACUGAAACAGAUAUAGUCAAUCAGAUUGCCUUUGUUUCCAAAGGCGAGGCCUUCUACAAGGCAGCUCUGGACCUGUUCGUUGGUAUUUCGGAAGACUCAAAUGAAGUCAGACUGCUGCAAGCAGCCUUACUGACUGAUGCAGGGGCAAACAUACUUUUGCAAGGUCAAUUGACGGCUUUCCAUGAAGGCCGGGGCUUGAGCUCUGCCAGCAACAAGUCCCAGAAUGUGUCAGCCUUGUAUGAUCGAGCCGGUGCAGAGUUUCGCCGUGCCAUUGACUUGUUCCCAGAUUAUGGUUCGGCUUGGUGCGGGCUUGGCUGCUCAUUGGUGUUUUCGGAUUCACUCCUGGCGCAGCAUUGCUUUUGCCGAUCGCUUCAAUUGGAUAGCCUCUCACCGGAUGCCUACUCCAACUUGGGAAUUUUGUAUACGGUCCACAAGGUAUUUGAAGCAAGCAAUGGAAUCAUCGAUGCACUGACACAAGUUGCGGAUAGCCCCAUGAUGUGGAUCAAUCGCGCCCUCAUCUUGGAACUCAAAGCGUCGGCUGACAUUGAAAAGGGACAGGGACAGCACGCGCAAGAAAAGAUAUCCAAUGCAGCAGACGCUUAUCGUGCUGCCCUCCAAGUGGUCAAGCAUCCAAGCGCAAUGCUUGGUAUUGCAAUGACAUGUCGAGCGUCUGAAGGAGCGAAGAGCGAGGCACCUUAUCAAGAAAGCUAUGCCAAUCUGCAGCAGUACAAGGGAAAGAUGGGAUCUUCGGAUGCUUCGGCAUUGCUGCUAGCGGACCUUGCCGACUUGGAGAGCGCUGGAGCUGCAGAUGCUGGUCGACUCGAUAAUGUCAAAAGUCACCUUGAGACCUUGGAACAGUUGUACGGAGAGCACCAGAUAACAGAUGGUCUUGAUUUGGAAGUCAUCCGAACCUGUCUUGCAUCGGAUGCCAGGGCCGCUGAUGAGGAAAAGGAGAGUGAAGGCUCGCGGCCUCUCGAUAUGACAAUCGCUCGGCAAAUCGUACAUGAACCACAGAGAGGCGAUCUCUGGGUUGUCCUUUCGAAACAGUUGCUUCGAGACAAUGGAGGGUCUCAAGACAGUCUGAAGGCAGCUCAAGUUGCGGCAACUCGUGCAGUGCAUAUCUUGACUCACCAGUUGACAUUUCCGUCUCAGCAGGGAGGAAACGCUGGGAUCGUUUGUCCCAGUGUCUUGUCAGAUGCCUUGGCAUUGGACUAUUGGCUUGAUACUUUGAUUGAGACAAAACCCGAAAAACACGAUGACGCUGAACCAACGUCCAAGGCUUUGGAGUUGCAAAAGGCAUUGGUGUUGUGUCCUCAGAACGCUUUCGCUAGAGAGGCUGUCCUUGGAAAGGGAUAG